AUGUCUGAAACUGUUAAAUCCACCAAUGUCUCUGACUAUCGAAACUGGGACCUAAUUGCUAAGUCGGAAUAUAGAUUUGAGCUAGAGGCAAACACGUCACUCGCUAUUAGGUUGACUUCUGGAACUGCUGAAGUCUAUGGGGCCGAACUUGCACCCGGAAGAUCACCUUCUACAGAGUAUACUUCUGACGAAACUCCUAUGGUACCAUUAAUCAAUAUCCAUACGGCAUUCGAGCAGAUGCGAAUACUCGCGUACCGUGCUCUAACAGCGAAUCAGCCAGAAACUGCCAAAUCACGUCCUCCUCGAGUACUCGUGCUUGGUCCUGAAAAUUCAGGAAAAACUAGUGCUUGUAAAAUAUGGUGCAAUUACGCGAUUAGAGGGCGCAGUUGGUGCCCGACGCUUGUUAAUCUUGACGUUAGCGAUGGAGGUUGGACAAUACCUGGAACAGUCUCCGCAUGUCCACUGUCCUCUGCAAUUCCUACUUGUACACCCGCAAACCCGUUUGGGGCGACCGCCACAUCUGCUCCAACCGCGUUGAGUUCUUCGGCCUUACUCCCGGUGGUGCACUGGUUCGGCCAUUCAGAUGCGAAACGUAACCAGCAACUUAUCGAAAAACUAAUCCGCACCCUGGCAGACGGCGUCAAGCAGAAGUUUCAACAAGACCACACCUUGAAUGCAUCAGGAUUGAUUAUUGAUACUCCAGCCGCAUUUUCUACUUCUAACGCUCAGGGAGAUAGCAAAUACAACUUGAUCAAAACAUGCGUAGAGGUCUUUGACGUCAAUACGAUUCUUGUGAUGGGCCACGACAAACUCAGUGUUGAACUUCAGAGGGUCUUUGGAGGUUCUAGUGGCAUCAAUGUGUUAAAGGUGCCAAAAUCAGGCGGCGUGGUUGAGCUGGAUUAUGCAUAUCAGACGAGGGUGAUAGCGUCGCAAAUCCGUGCAUACUUCUAUGGAACUCCUCUGUACCUUCCUCCUUCUAUGAAUCCUGCGACUGCUCAACUUGGAGGGGAAGCGACAACGGAAACGACACUGUCACCCUUCUCAAUAACUUUGAAUGCAAGUGAUCUUCAAAUAUAUAGGAUCGGAAGUACUGUGCUUGUGCCGAGUUCAGCGUUGCCCAUUGGUGCGACAAGGGCUAUAGGUGAAAUUCAACCUGUACGAGUCGAUGUUGAAUCUGGAGGAAUUCUUCACAGCGUUUUGGCACUACUAGCACCAUUCGAUUCACCGCCUUCGGACCAAAUGCUUCUUCAGCAAGAAGUCAAUGGAUUCUUGAUUGUCACUGCGAUUGAUAUCCCCCGGCGAAAGAUUACUGUUUUAGCACCAAGUCAGGUGUCAUUGGAUGGGGAUUUCGAUCCUUUGGUCAAAUCAGAAGAGAAAGACGCCUCAUACCAUCUAUUGGGUACCACCGAUAAUGACGGUGAACGUACGAUUCAAGCGCACCGCUCAGAAUCCGACAAUCGAGGUAAUAAUACCGUUGACUCAUCACAGACCGAAGUUUCGAAGAGCAUGUAUGUCACUAAACUACUUGAGAUGAUUGACACCGUCUUGGAACACGAAUCUCAUCUAUUCAACUCUUCUGAAAUUGCAAUUCUAAACGGUAUUAAGCACGCCAACUACUUCCAACAGUAUCUCAUUUCACGCUUGGUUCAACGGAAACGAGGCAAAUGGCUUCGCUUCGAUCAACUGAAGGAAAGCUAUGCUUCGGAAUUUUGCAAGUUUGUGGUUGAGGCUGAGGUACCUAGAACCAUGGCCGAUACUCUCUUAGACCUUUCAGGCUACUUCCACUCAAAAGACUCUCCUCCUAUUUUAUCCGCUCAAACGGAUGUGAUCGACCUUACACUGGACAGCGAUGACGAGGACACUUGCGCUCCAACUCUCAACACAUCCGGUAACCCCGCCUCGGGUGAUGGCGCUUCGGCUCUGACUACUCGUGUCGAACCGCCGCCUGAGUCAGUUGUUUUUCUGGAAGAUACUAGUGCGGCUACUCCUGCUCAACUACUCGAAUGUCUGAAUAUUGAAGAGUUGAAACUUAUGGGGAAACGGUUGAAGAUUCCUUCAAAGUCUAAAUCAACUCGUGAUGAUUUGGUAAAGGCUAUCCUGCACUCGACCUCCACGCAAACUACGUUGCCAUUCGCUACCGCUAGAAAAACUUCCAAUCCCACCUUAAAAAGGCAUGCUAACGAUUGGCAAGCAUUGUUCCCAUUUAAACCUCCCCAAGUUUCUGGAAAAGUACAAAACUUACCUCUUCAAGAACGCCGAGUACGAGAGAUGUGUAGAGAACUCUAUGGUGCAUGCUUCAGACUCCUGGAACAUGUUAUCCAGACAUUACACUUAGUGAGUGUGGUCUAUUUCCGAAGCACUGAGCAAUCCGAAGCUAAUUCGAUUAUGCUUUCAGCUAUUUUAUCGCUAGCAGGAAAACGCAAUUACCCUAUAUACGAGUAUAAACGAACAGCAGAUGUUUUUCCAGCACGUAGCGACUUACUAAGAUACAUGGAGAUAUCUCUACUUUUGAACGAAGUCGAGAACAUACUUGCUGGAGCUGGCCAACCUCAAGGAGCGAAGUUUGACCGACUGAAAGCCUCUCAAGAUGUUGUCGACAUCUGGGGCUCUCAUUCGGAUAGAUGGAACCUGUUGGUUGCGUACUUAAAAGAUAAAUCACACCGUGAGAGGGGUCUAGAGAGGUUUGAAGAAGGCUAUCUCUUGACUCGACUAGCCUAUAAGGCCGCAGAAUGCUUUGGAGCGCUGAAAAGGUACGAUAUGGAGGCCAAACUUCUUGCAGCGUUGCUUCGCCAAACCAGGUGGAGGCGAAGCAAACGAGGUCGUUGGUACGACCGAAUGGCCCUCAUUUAUACCAAAUAUAUGGGUGGGGGAGAGGCAAACCUUCGCCAAGCACGAGACUAUUUACAAAUAGGGCUCAAGGACGAACUAGUAUUCAUAGGCAGUCGCCCUAUGCUACUACGCCGCCUGAAAAGGCUAGAAAAGCAACUUCGUUUGCCCCUGGACGAGCAGUAUGUGUGUGAGGAUGAUCUCAAGGUGGCUGUAGAAGUCCAAAUUGAAGGCAGUAGAGUAUACACCCCACAAACAUCAACUUCACCAUCCAAGAAUCCCGAAAGUCCACCCAAAAUCUCCCCAUCCCCAAUGGAUAAAGCUAUUAUGAUGCAUUUUAGUGGCUCCCCCUCAUCGUCACUACCCAUAACUAAUAAUAACCAACGGUCCAAGUGGACGGGUAAAUCAAUAUGGGCCGGCAAAGAGGGCGAGGUAAACGUAGAAACCCUUGCCCUCGAAUACUAUGCAGGCCUCGGCUUUAGAGGGUUUCAUUCAGAAGGUGCUAUUGUGUCGACGUUAUUUGGUUUCCUCUUUUGGGACAUUCUGUUUGCACCCAUCCCAGGAGCGUUUGAGACACCUUAUCAAUCCGCGCCUCUGGAUCUCGUACACGAUUCUUUUUUCAGCUCGCGGGAAGAGCUUAUCAAUACUAGACUUGGAGAAUUAAAGAACACAGCUAGCGCAGCGCGUCGGAUCGUCCAAACUGUUUAUUCCCGCGAAAGGGAUCGUGAGCCAUGGUGUAUUGGGGUGCGAUGGGAUCUGUUCGAGCACGAAAAUGAUUUACUCGAAAUCGUCGAGUGCCUAGGAGGCCCUGCCUUGGCUGCUAUAUGCCGCCUACUCGCUGAAGAGUAUGGUUCUCGAAGGGGUGGUGUUCCCGACCUUUUUGUUUGGAACUCUGCCGAGAAGACAUGCAAAUUUGUCGAAGUCAAAGGCCCUGGUGACAACCUUUCCGAAACACAAAAAGUUUGGAUCGAUGUACUACUGGGCGCGGGCGUCAAUGUCGAGCUAUGUCGCGUGUACGAGUACGGCAAAAUACCUCCACGUACUGUUCGGAAUAAGAACAAAACGAAGGAAGUUUCUAAGCGGCGUCCGACGAGCCACAAACAAAGCCCCGAGGAGUCCAAACCCGCAGCUGAAGAGAAUGAUCAUAAAUCUAAUUACGAUUCGGAGGAAAUGGACGAAAUACAGAGCUCGAGUGAAGAUCAGGCGGGCACGAACACAGGCAGAGACUCUACUGCCCAUCAGGAUCAGGAUGACAUUACACACAUAGACCGACCUUCGGAUCCGGCCGUCCUCUCAAACAUUUGUGGCCCUUCCUUGGAUAAAUCCUCAUCAUCCCUUGUCGAACCCCCUAAACUAUUGGACGAAGGUGAAGAUACAAUUUAUCAAACACACCAUGCACAUACAACUCUGCUUCGGCCCAUUACUUCUAUACCAGCCCCGCUGCUUCCGACGGGUUCAAAUAAAUCAAACUUAGAGAAUCUCUGUUCGACAAUUGCUGGUGUUGCCAAGCGCGCUCGAACGUUGGUCCAAGAGACGGUGAUACUGGAGAAGCCCCAAACCGCCCAACACCAGUCUUCGGCUAGAGACACUACUCUGAGUCCCGCAUUGGAGCCCGGACCGAUUCAAAUUUUGGAGUCACAUCGAUCACACCAUUCAGACACCACUCUCGAAGUCCGAAUAGAGCCUCAGUUUAUGGAACGUCCGAUGUCCAGCCCUCAAAAGAGACCUAUGUCAAGCAACAAAGAAUCUCAAAAUGUACCCAAAGGUACCCCAGCUAAGAAGAAGGUCAAAGAGGAAGAAGUCAGCCCGAGCAGCCAUUUUUCAACAGCAAGCACACCUACACCGAAACGAAAGUACAAACGAUCAAUGACGCAUACACCUGCACGGAGGGUAGUGUCGACUUCGGCUAUGGCUGAUACAACAAAGAGCGUGCCUCGGACGACGACGACGCGGAUAAAACUACUCGAACUCUUCGAAAACGAAGGCGUACGAUGA